ACACAUUAACUACAGUAUCGUUCACUGUACAUAUAUGUUAAAAUUCAGAGAGAGUAGCUGAUGCCUUUUUGUUUGAUUCAUUUAAAUUGUAAAAUUUCAAACGUCAACUUAUAUAGCACACUCAUAACUGGAUACUUUGCAAACACAUUAUAAACCAACUCAUAUUUUUUUCGGAUUAGUCGGUUUUAUUCUGAUGAUCCUACACAGCACCACUGAUUCCGGAUUGAGUCUCAGCAUUGAAAAUGGUGAAUAAACGUUUCUCAGCAUUCUCUCGAAAAUCUCUUCUAGUUAGAUCAGCCCCAAUUCUGUUGGCUGGAUGUGUCCUUCUUUAUUACAUCUACUUGAAAAUUACGAUUGUGCAUCAGCAGAUAUUUAUUAUUGAUCAUCAAUCCAAAUACUCAAAUGGAAGCAUCAAUGGAAAUGAGGAAACCAUAGCCACUGGAACCUUUGGUGAUCAUAAUCUUUUGGCAAAGAAUGGGAAUGUUUCAAGCUCCAAUGAAAAGGGUCUUUGUCCCCUUGUUUCACCACAUUUGAGAGGAGAAUUCAAACCAACGCAUGUUAUACCAGAAUCUAUUUCCAAUGUGGAGGAUGAACUGAAAAUGGUUGAAGCACUGCCAGCCUUGGGAGGCUCUUGGCAGCCCAACAAUUGCACGGCAAGACAUCAUAUAGCUAUAAUAGUUCCUUGCCACGACCGAGAUGAGCAUCUCAGAGCUCUGCUGAGGCACUUGCAUCCAUUCCUGCAACGCCAGCAGAACAGUUAUGGCAUAUUUGUCGUUGAUCAAAAAGAGGAUGGACGACCAUUCAAUAAGGCUAUGAUAAUGAAUGCGGGCUUUGCUGAAGUGAAUAAAACGGGUCAAUUCAGUUGCUUUAUUUUUCAUGAUGUCGACCUUCUUCCAGAAGAUGAUCGAAAUUUGUAUAGUUGUGCAGACCAGCCGCGUCACAUUGGAAUUGCUGUUGACAAAUUGGGUUAUCAUCUCCCAUAUAAAUUAUUAAUUGGUGGAGUCGUUGCAUUCACCAAAAGUCAAUUUGAGAGAAUAAAUGGCUUCAGUAAUUUGUAUUGGGGAUGGGGAGGAGAGGAUGAUGAUGCUGCAAGAAGAAUAAUGGCUGCCAACAUGAAAAUUACAAGAUGGCCUAAGUAUGCUAGAUAUACAAUGCUGUUACAUAAACGCCAACAUAUCAAUUCUCAGAGGUGGGGUUUAUUGGGAGCAACACAGUAUAGAUACAAAAGUGAUGGUUUGAAUAGUUUGAAAUACAAGCGUGUUGCCUUCAAACAAAAUCAGCUCUUUACAUCAAUGAUAUUCAAAUUACCUUGAUGAAGACAACACUCUAUUCAUACUGUAUAUUGAAUUACAGCAGCCUUUGAGAAACUGAGAAGAAAAUUUCAGAUAUGCCUACUGUAUUCCAGUAAUUAUUCGAGUGUAGCCAGUUAGUCUGUUUUGUAACUUUUGUAGUUUUGUAGUAUUAUAGUUUUUAUAUUACAAUAACGGUAAAAAUAUUAGAUCAUUUUAUUUUUGUAUCCACCUAUUGAAGGUUCUAUAUCUAUAGUGGGCCUUAGUUUAUCAAUAUUAUUUUUAAAAUAAUAAAUACGUUUAAUAAAAUACAAUGGACAUUUUUCCAAUAUAUAGUACCAUACUCUACUUUUAAAUUCCAUACUUUAUAACUAUAAAAAUAGCAAUUAAUGAGUCAGUGUUCAUUCUAUUGAUAAGUUAAUAAUCCUCCAACUUUACGUAAAACAUUAUUUAGUAGGCUAGGUACCAGUAAACCGAGUCACUUUGUACCAAUAUUUGGCAGUUGAAAUUUUAAAUAGCUAGCAAUCAAUGCUCAAGUUUGAAGAAAUCACUAGCAAUAUUUUUUAUUGUAUUUUACAAAUGUUCAGAGUAUUCUCUAAUAUGAAUAUUCUUCUUCAGUGUAAUAAAUAAAUAUAUAUAUAUAUAUAUAAUAUAUAUAUAUAUAUAUAUAUAUAUAUAUAUAUAUAUAUAUAUAUAUAUAUAAUGUUAAAGAGACAUAAUUAUUGUUACCCAUGGGUUGGGUGACUAUUUGACUUUGAAAAUAUUUAUAGAUUCAAUAAGUUCAUUUUCAAGUGCUAGACAGAGUGAAACUAAGUGUAAAACUUUCAAAUAAUUAAAAUAACAUUUAAUACAAAAAAAUCCACUUUGAAAAAAUGGCGAAUAAUAUUUUUUAUUGGAAAUCAUUCCAGUUUCUGCUUCCUAACGAUCUUUUGUAGCAUUGAGGCAUGUUGGCUGCACCUGCACAAUCUGCAACAAAUGAAUAUUCAGAACGUAUUUAUUUCAAACAAGGUUGAUUAUGUUUUAUUCGAUAAAAUAGGCUACAUAAGUUUUAUCUUAUUUUGCAUUUCAUUUGCAUCAUUAUUCUGAAUAAUUUCCAUACAGAGGCAAACUAAACCCCAAAUUUCGCCUAAAAGUUGACCUUCUUCAACCAAUAUUUAACUAGUCUAACAGUAUCUGAACCAGUUCAACUAUAGAUAUUUUGAAUACACCAAUUGAAAUAUAAUAAAAAAGCAAAAAUAAAAUGUACUCACCUUUAUAUCAUAAGUCUUUUGGAAAUAGGAUUUCUAAUAAGACUGUUUUCUUAUAAUCUACUUAUAUCUUCUCAGUGAAUUCACUUGAUAUUAUUUUUCAACUUAAGACCAUUCGAAUUUUCCAAAAUUAGUCAACAAUAUGUUGGAGCUCACUUCUUUAUCUUGUGGAUCAGUCAUUGUCUUCUAGACUUAACGUCACAUUAAACAUUUGAAUAGAGGUAUUAAUAAAAUUGUAGUAAAUAUAAAUCUAUAUAAUGUUAAAAAAUGCAUAUUCUGCAUUUUAUAUUAUCCAAUUCAAUCAAUCCAGCCUCAUGCUGGAUAGAUUCAUCAACGAUAUGUGAUGUUACAAAAUUGUAUAAUAGGAUUAAUUAAGAAGAGAAAAUAUUGUAAGACUUUAUUACAACAACAGAGGUAAUAACAAUUUGAAAUUCUCACCUACUGGAAAAUGUAAAAAAACAGGAGUUGAUCAUUUUUAAUUAUACAAAUCGUAAUUUUGUAGAUUCUAUUAAAAUUAAAUAUAAAGUAAAAUAGUAAUGUAAUUGACAAAAAAUAUUUAUUAUAAAUUGAAAGAAGUGUUGCUGAAAAUGAAGAAAGAAAGAAUGGGUUGGAGUAAGUCUGUAUUCAUGCUUGCAAGAGAGGGGAGACUGACUCUUCUGUCUGGAGGAUGCUAGGAAAAUGGAGGUGUUUUAUGUUUAUUGAAAAUGGGGUUGUGGGUGAAAAUUUAAAGUGUCAACGAUGAAAGUAUUGAAAAAUAGUACAGUAGAAUUGGGUGGGAUCAAUUCAAUUUGUAAUCAUGUUAAACUAAGUAUUAAAUUUGUAAAAUAUGAUCUUGUUUUUAGACACAUGUGAAUUUGUAUUUUAUUAUCCAUGAUCACUGUAAUUUUUUGAUUUUAUUAUAUCGGUGUACUGGCACAGGAUGUUCAGUCCCAAUAGAUUAUAUGGUUCAUUAUCAAAUAGUUGUGUUUCAAUAUAAGUAAAUAGCUUUAGAUACCUUUCUUGAACAUAAUCAAUAAUAUCUAACAGGCAAACACGUGAAUAAGGGCUAUUGUCUCAAAAAGUGGUGCUACUGCCAAUAAAUGUACAAUAAAGAACACUUGAAACACAAAGUUUAUCAAGGUGGCACUAGAAAAUGUGAUGAUCAAAACAACUCAAAGAAACUGGUCAUCUCACCGCCACCAGUACCACAGAGUACAGCAAUUUUCAAUAAGGGCUUAAGUACACUCAAAAAUAAAUUUUCCAUUUUUCGACCGAAUUUGACUUAUAUGAUGCAUGAUUUUGCACCGCUUUGACAGGAAGAAUGAUGUGUAGUACGAUGAAAUCUGAACAUUGUGUCAAA